CAGCACGUUACUUCGCGGAAAUGAAUGGUCGGAGCUGAAACUCCAUACAAGCGCUUCCUCUCCAGCCGUUCUUUGCACUUCACGUUUACUACUUCCUUUCUAUUGAUUCUACUGCUUGUGUGCACACGGUAUGGCCGAAGACGCCAGCAGUUCUCUGCCUGUUUCGUUGUCGAAUGAAUACAGAGUGAUAGACGAGACAAAGAAGGCGAAUGCUCAGAAUGGUCAAUCAGAGAGUGGCCGUUUGUGGCUUCGUUUGAGACGCUUCAAGCCAUCCAGAUCAGCUGAAGACAGUCCUGCCAAGCGUGUUGCAGUCGACGGUUUCGAGACGGCAGGUUGUCACGAUAGUGUAGAAAAUGAUAGCUUCUGUUGGAUGUGCCACACAGACGGAUCUUUAAUAUGUUGUGACAACUGCCCAAGGGUGUACCAUGCCAAGUGCCUUGGAAGAGCAUCAAAAAUGGUGGGCACAACCACUUGGAUGUGCCCUGUGUGUCAGGAUAUGAAAUCUGCUGGUAAUUGGAGUGCUGUUCCCGACCUUCCUGAUUUUCUUUUAUUAGCUGUCAACCAAAUGUAUAUAGAUGGGAGUCUACCAUUUCAGCACCCUGUUGAUGUCUCAGCCGAGCCAAGAUAUAAAGAGUGCAUAUUUCACCCGAUGGAUUUAUCAACACUUGAAAAGAACAUUAGGAAAGGUGUUUAUGAAUCUCCACAGCAUUUCCAGCAUGAGACGCAAUGGAUUCUUCACAACUGUGCUAUUUACAAUGGAAUGGCCAAUACAUGGACUGACAUUGCAAAAGCCAUGCUGCGAAUCUGCAAGCGUGAGAUGUCAGAGAUCGUGUUAUGUCCUGACUGUUACCGAAUGUCAAUGAAGAAAACAUCACAAUGGUUUACUAAACCAUGCGCCAAGUUGCACAAACCUGUUUGGGCAAAGGUAAAGGGAUAUCCGUUUUGGCCAGCAAAGGUGUUGACCUUAACUGGUGACAAGUAUGAUGUUCGAUUUUUUGGAGAUCACAACAGAGCAAAGCUUGUCAAAUCGUUUAUCCGAAACUACGCCAACACUCAGUCUGCACCUUCGCAUUCCGGUUACGCAUCCGCCUGCCGUGAGAUGGAAAUGUACGUUGAGAACCUGAAGAAAGCCGGAUACACCGACACCGACCUCCAGAUGUUUCCCGAACCUUCACGUAGACACAGCGUGGAAGGUCGCUUUCCACUCAAAGCCGACAAAACCGGAGAGAACAAAGAAACGAGUCGACGCCACAGCAUACACGUCGAACAACAACAACAACAACAACGGCAUGUGACCGAGUCGUCGCCGUCUGGUGACGAAUCGAAUGCUCGCAGACGUGUGAUGACACGACAAAACAGUCGAGCGAAGACGUUUAACCACGAGAAAUUUAUGAAAAACAGCAUCAUCACGGUGACGCCGAAAGCGAGCGUCGAUCGUCUGACGGUGAAUCCCGACGAUCUAACGAAACGUCUUCGAUCCGAUGCAUACAGCAGUUUGAAGCCGGAAAACUCGUUGACGAGUAACUCAACAGGAAAGGGUCAGAUGUAUGUCGCGUUGGCCGGCGAUAUGAGCUUCACGUUUGUUGCUACCGAUCGGCAGCUGAAGGGAAGCAGCAGCAGCGACGCAGAGCUGAUGGAGUUGACGGAGAUGCCGAAGACGUCAUGGCUGGAAUUCCAGGGGGACGGAGAUAACGUUACGGAGUGCGGUUCGAAUGCGUUGCAGGAGGACGGAGGUGUGGCCGAUCUGAGUGUGUUGCAGGCGAUGAAUUGUGAGGGUGAGGGGAGUGUGGGUGACGUCAGGGUGGACGAGAAGGCCGACAUGUUUGGUUUGUCAGAGUUGACUCGGAGCGGGUUAGUCGAGGCGAAUGGAAGUCAGCUCGACCAGAGCGGACAUCCUGUGGAAGGCUGCGACGAUUCAAUCGAGAAGAGCUGUGGAACACCAGACACCGAGCCAGCAGGCAGCCCAGAAGUCCAAAUCUGUCACAUCAUCAAACCGAAAGUCGACGCAUCAUCAACAUCAACAACAACAACAACGACAUCCAUCAACCAACGGGACACGUCACCAUCAAACAUGAUCACCACACAAUCAACCAACACACUCAACGUGUCCGAACUUGCAAAACUUGAGUCCGUCCUCAAGACGUGGACCGGCCGGUUGAGCGAAACGGUUUCUGGCGACUCGAAGACGGAUGCGUCCGAACGGACAAUGCGUAUCGAGCGUGCGGUCGGCAAGGUUCUCGCCAAGCCAAUGAACCCGUCAUCCCAUCCGACACGAACAGCAGCAGCGUUGCCAUCCAGCGUGACGACGACCGUUUCCUCUCGUCUGUAUCCACUCUCCUCUCCUCUCUCAUGUCUAGCGUCGACGGUUUCUCGUCUCGGGCAGCCGGCGAUGACUCAACCUCCAUGCCCGCCACCAGCACAAACGGGCGCCGCCACCAAAAACGCGACCGUUUAUCGAGUUGUCGGCACGGUGAUGCCGUCACAGUCUCUCUCAUCCGGUACGGUUUCCGUACGCACGUUGUCUCGUUGUCCACCGAUUCUUCCGAAACCGUUGACGUCGAAUCUUCAUUCAUUACGACUGCAGGCUCCAUUGGUUGUUUCCUCACGACAGAACACUCCCAUUACGUCGCCACAACAGGUGAAGAUCAAGUUAUGCCAGUUGGCUCCGGGUACACACCAACAGUCGGGGAUACAACCAAACCAGACGCAGCACACGGUCAUUCUCCGGCCUGUCUCGGUGCAAGGACAAACGGGAGGCACGCAGAGUCAGCCGAUGAGAAUACUGAAUACGAUCCCGGUGACGCAGCCACAGACGUUGCCCACGUAUCGAGGCACUGCUGUGCAUCAGGCGGCCGUUCCUCGCUCGACUGUAUCUUCUCUGUGUGCGCCGCAAUCGUCGCUGAUGCCGUCCGGUUUGACAUCUCUGCAGUUUGCUGCCUCGUCUUCUACACAGCAGACGGAACCUCGAACGGUUGGAAUCACUGAGUCGAGAUCACGACCGCCAGCGUUCGUUCGUAUGAAUACGAAUCAAGGAGGACAACAGAAUGUGACGAGUGGGACAUCAGUUGGUCAGCAGAGUCCGCGAGAUGGAGGUUCGUCGUUCUCUGGUGGUUCUCUCUUUGCUGCUUUGCAUGACGCGAUGUUGUCAGACGAUCAGAGCGAUGCUGUACACAAGGAGAGUGUGACGGCGGGAGUUGACAGAAUUAUGUUCUCUGUGUGGAGGCAGGUUGAGGAGAUUGUGAUGUCGUUGCAACGAGAUACAGAGCAGCAUUAUAGAAAGAAGAUGAAUGCAGCAUUGGCAGAGCAGCGUCAGCAACUCCAAGAAGAGGCAAAACGAGCAGUAAAAGAAGCCAAGAAGAAACACUGGUGUGCCAACUGUCUGGAAGAAGCUGGCUUUUAUUGUUGUUUUAACACGAGUUACUGCAGUGUUCGUUGUCAGCAACAGCACUGGCUCUCGCACAUAAACUAUUGCAGAAAUACGAAUGAGAAAGAAGGCGCAGGGGAAUCGAUGCCGCAAAGGAGUAACAGUGAACCGCCUGUUGGCGCGAACAGCGAGCUUCGUAUUGUGUCUGUUAGCGGCAGCGCAAAGUCGACGUCCACCACGAGAUCUAAUAUGGGACGGUCGGCAUCUACAACAUCUACACAGCAGCAGCCACUACGUCUGCCUCACCUCUCAACAGUUCCUUCACAUCAGAGUUCAAGCGAGCGUGACUCGAGCACCAGUGGUGCACACAACAACAACGAGGUGCGACUGCCGGUAAUACAGAGAGUAGAAGGUGCGGAUGGUGUUGUUUGCGUGGACACAGCGGAGUGUCCAACUAGAGCAGCCGAUGAAAAGUAG